UCACCGGGUCCCGGCCGCUGGUUACUCUCCAGCACCCGGUGAUUGCCGAGUAUUUCCUACAGUGCUGUCCUGUCAGCUCCUGCACUGUUUUGCAUGGCUGUGCAUAGUACAGCCAUACAAAACAGAGUGCUUACAGUGAAGCACAAACACAGCCCCUCAGUAAAACACACACAGUUAACCCUUUGAUCGCUCUACAUGUUAACCCCUUCCUGCCCAAUGCCAUUAGUACAGUGUCAGUGCUUUAUAUUAGCACUGAUCACUGUAUUGGUGUCACUGGAGAUGUCAGUGACACCAAGUCAGUUCCCUCCAGUGUCAGAAGGCCCACCGCAGUCCCACUAUAAGUCGCUG